AUGAUGCAGCAAUUGUUGCUUGGGCAAGCAAAUGGGCAGAUUGAGGAUGCAAAGAAGUUUGCUGAGCUGAACCAAAAGUUAACUUCUCAGUAUAAUGAUCUCAACAUCAAGUUUGAAAGUUUGAACUCUAAAGUGAAGUACAUGGAGAGCAACAUUGCUUCAACUUCAGCUCCAAAGCCUAAUAACCUUCCUGGAAAAGCUAUUCAAAACCCAAGGGAGUUUACUGCUAAAGCUAUUCACCUUUAUGAGGAAACUGCCACUGAGGACAGUGAAGUUCAAGAUGGGGAGGAUUUUUCACUAAUUGAAGCCCAGAGCAAAGAUUUUACACAGCAGACUGAAGCCGAAGCUGUUGAGCCUGUUAGAUACAUUCCUCCUGCUUACAAACCUCCUCUGCCAUUCCCAGAGCGUUUCAAGGAACAGAAGCUGAAGGAACUCAGGAAAAUAAUUGAAGAAAGGGAAGUGAUGGCUUUGAAACAAGAGAAGAGAGCUGAGAAUCAGGACAAGAGAGAUCUUGAGGAGAUUGAGAAAGUUGUUAUUCCAACAAAACUUGAAGACCCAGGUCCAUUUAAUCUGCCAUGCUCUUUCAGCUACUUGCAUUUCAACAAAUGCUUGUGUGACUUAGGGGCAUCUAUCAGUGUAAUGCCCUACUCCAUUGCACAUAAGCUUGGGCAUACUGACUUCAAGCCCAAUAACCUCUACUUAUUUCUAGCUGAUGGAUCACAUAAAGAUGUUGUUGGUAAGUUGGCGAAUUUCCCAGUCAAGAUAGGCUAG